GGCUAGCUGGCUGCGGCGAGUAAGGAGGCGGCGGCGACAUCGGCCGAGGAGGAGGAAGAGGCAGUGGGGGUGCGGCCGCCGAGGGGAGCUCCUCCCCCGUUCCCUCACCCCCCUCAGCUCAGCUCCUUGCCCCGGGCGGGGCGGGGGGACGUGGAGCGGAGCAGGGCGGGGGAACCGCCCCGAGUCGGAUCGAAGCGCACCCCAGCUCCGAGCGCACGCCGCUCUCAGGAACUUUGUGGCGGUGCCGCAGGUGUGGGGGCCCGCGGAGGUGUGCAUGUGGGGCACCAGGGCGUCGUGGAGAGCGGCCGCUGCCCUGUCCGGCCCCUGUUGGAGUAGCCCGGAGGAAGCAAGCCAGGAGAAAGGCAAGCGAGAGAGAGGUGCCCACCCCUAGGUAAAACCUUGUCUAAAUUGACUGACACUGAGGACCUUCCUUUCACUUGGGAAAACUUUGCCAGGUGUGUACUCUUCCUGAUUCUGGAGAAAAAUGCCGGUCCGGAAGCAAGAUACCCAGAGAGCAUUGCACCUUUUGGAGGAAUAUCGUUCAAAACUAAGCCAGACUGAAGACAGACAGCUCAGAAGUUCCAUAGAACGAGUUAUAAACAUAUUUCAGAGCAACCUCUUUCAGGCUUUAAUAGAUAUUCAAGAAUUUUAUGAAGUGACCUUACUGGAUAAUCCAAAAUGUAUAGAUCGUUCAAAGCAGUCUGAACCAAUACAGCCUGUGAAUACUUGGGAAAUUUCCAGCCUUCCGAGCACUACUGUGACUUCAGAAACACUGCCAAGCAGCCUUAGCCCUAGUGUAGAGAAAUACCGGUAUCAGGAUGAAGACGCACCUCCUCAAGAGCACAUUUCCCCACAAAUCACUAAUGAAGUGAUAGGUCCAGAAUUGGUUCAUGUCUCAGAGAAGAACCUCUCAGAAAUUGAGAAUGUCCAUGGAUUUGUUUCUCAUUCUCAUAUUUCACCAAUAAAGCCAACAGAAGCUGUACCUCUCUCUUCUCCCACUGUCCCUGUGAUCCCUGUCCUGCCCGUCCCUGCUGAGAGUACUGUCAUCCUACCCACCAUACCACAGGCAAAUCCUCCUCCAGUACUGGUCAACACAGAUAGCUUGGAAACACCGACUUACGUUAAUGGUACUGAUGCAGAUUAUGAAUAUGAAGAAAUCACACUUGAAAGGGGAAAUUCAGGGCUUGGUUUCAGCAUUGCAGGAGGUACGGACAACCCACAUAUUGGAGAUGACUCAAGUAUUUUCAUUACCAAAAUUAUUGCAGGGGGAGCAGCUGCCCAAGAUGGAAGACUGCGGGUCAAUGACUGUAUAUUACGAGUAAAUGAAGUAGAUGUCCAUGAUGUAACACAUAGCAAAGCAGUUGAAGCAUUGAAAGAAGCAGGGUCUAUCGUACGCUUAUACGUAAAAAGACGGAAACCGGUAUCAGAAAAAAUAAUGGAAAUAAAGCUCAUUAAAGGUCCUAAAGGUCUUGGGUUCAGCAUUGCUGGAGGGGUUGGAAAUCAACAUAUUCCUGGGGAUAAUAGCAUCUAUGUAACCAAAAUAAUUGAAGGAGGUGCAGCACAUAAAGAUGGUAAACUUCAGAUUGGAGAUAAACUUUUAGCAGUGAAUAGUGUGUGUUUAGAAGAAGUUACUCAUGAAGAAGCAGUAACGGCCUUAAAGAACACAUCUGAUUUUGUUUACUUGAAAGUGGCAAAACCCACAAGUAUGUAUAUGAAUGAUGGCUACGCACCACCUGAUAUCACCACCUCUGCGUCUCAGCCUGUAGAUAACCAUGUUAGCCCAUCUUCCUACUUGGGCCAGACACCAGCAUCACCAUCCAGAUACUCACCUGUUUCAAAAGCAAUGCUUGGAGAUGAUGAAAUUACACGGGAACCUAGAAAAGUUGUUCUUCAUCGUGGCUCAACGGGCCUUGGCUUCAACAUUGUCGGAGGUGAAGAUGGCGAAGGAAUAUUUAUUUCCUUUAUCUUGGCUGGAGGACCUGCUGAUCUUAGUGGAGAGCUCAGAAAAGGAGAUCGUAUUAUAUCGGUAAACAGUGUUGACCUUAGAACUGCCAGCCAUGAGCAGGCAGCAGCCGCUUUGAAAAAUGCUGGCCAAGCUGUCACAAUUGUUGCACAGUAUCGACCUGAAGAAUACAGUCGUUUUGAAGCCAAAAUACAUGAUUUACGGGAGCAGAUGAUGAAUAGUAGCAUUAGUUCAGGAUCAGGUUCUCUUCGAACUAGCCAGAAGCGAUCCCUCUAUGUCAGAGCGCUUUUUGAUUAUGACAAGACUAAAGACAGUGGCCUUCCCAGUCAGGGAUUGAACUUCAAGUUUGGAGAUAUCCUCCAUGUUAUUAAUGCUUCUGAUGAUGAAUGGUGGCAAGCCAGGCAGGUUACACCAGAUGGUGAGAGUGAAGAAGUUGGGGUGAUUCCCAGUAAACGCAGGGUUGAGAAGAAAGAACGAGCCCGAUUAAAAACAGUGAAAUUCAAUUCUAAAACAAGAGAUAAAGGGCAGUCAUUCAAUGACAAGCGUAAAAAGAACCUCUUUUCCCGAAAAUUCCCCUUCUACAAGAACAAGGACCAGAGUGAGCAGGAAACAAGUGAUGCUGACCAGCAUGUAACUUCCAAUGCCAGCGAUAGUGAAAGUAGUUACCUAAUCUUGAUUACAGAUGAGUAUGGCUAUUCAAAAGGUGGUCAAGAAGAAUAUGUCUUGUCUUAUGAACCAGUGAAUCAACAAGAAGUUAAUUAUACUCGACCAGUGAUCAUAUUGGGACCUAUGAAAGACAGGAUAAAUGAUGACUUGAUCUCAGAAUUUCCUGACAAAUUUGGAUCGUGUGUUCCUCAUACAACUAGACCAAAAAGGGAUUAUGAGGUAGAUGGAAGAGAUUAUCAUUUUGUGACUUCAAGAGAACAGAUGGAAAAAGAUAUCCAGGAACAUAAAUUCAUUGAAGCUGGCCAAUACAACAACCAUCUGUAUGGAACAAGUGUUCAGUCUGUGCGAGAAGUAGCAGAAAAGGGCAAACAUUGUAUCCUCGAUGUGUCUGGAAAUGCCAUAAAGAGAUUACAGAUUGCACAACUUUACCCAAUCUCCAUUUUUAUUAAACCCAAAACCAUGGAAAAUAUCAUGGAAAUGAAUAAGCGUCUAACAGAAGAACAAGCCAGAAAGACAUUUGAGAGAGCCAUGAAACUGGAACAAGAAUUUACUGAACAUUUCACAGCAAUUGUACAGGGAGAUACGCUGGAAGACAUUUACAACCAAGUGAAGCAGAUCAUAGAAGAACAGUCUGGUCCUUACAUCUGGGUUCCAGCAAAAGAAAAGUUAUAAGGACUGAUGUUUCUCUGUUUCUCUUUUCCACAAUCGCAUUUUCUUUGACAUUUCUUUGCCCUUUCCUUCUGGAGUCUGUCUUCAAUACUCCUGCCGAGUUAAAUCAUCCCACUCAUCAUGGUCUGCAGUUGCACUUAUUUUUGACAUCUAGUAUCUCCUUCAAGUUGUAUCAUCUGUAUUAUUUUAUGUCACUAUUGGUUUGUGGCCAUUUUUUCAGAAUUGAAGAUGAAAUGGCUUGACCAGCUAUUAAGGAUUUGGGGAGAUGGGGAAAUUGUGGUAAAAUUCCUUAAUGUUUAAGGGAAAGUAACUUUAAAAGAUUUUCAGAAAAGCUUUAUAUGCAUUCUUUUCAAAUUUCAAUAUAAAUGAAAGAAAAGUGAUUUUAAUCAAUGAUUUAGUAAACUUUGAGCAACAAUGCACGCUUACCUUCAAUAGCAUGGUUUGGCCAAUAUAUUAGUUCUCAAGUCCUUUUCUCAAUUGAUUUCUGUUAUCAAAGUAAAUAUUUCAUUACAGACAAAUAAGGAAAAUGUUUUUUAAUUUCAAAAUUAAUGACAAUUAGCUUUCAUAAUUUCACAAGGGAUAUUCAUUUUCAUAAGAGUCCUUCUUAAAGUCUUAUUGUUUGAGAUUUUUUUUCCAAUACAUGUGCUAGGGAUAACAAUGUUCAAAUGUUUUUAAUCUGCUUGUGCAACACUAUUUAUAGUGUCUUACAAAAGUUGUUCGUACAUAAUGAUCAUCACAUUUUUCUGAAUUGAGGCCAUGUUUAGGUGCUAGGGGAGCUCACGUUUUACACACAGGGUGAGAAAAUUUCAUAGACAUAGACACAGACAAAACAGACAUUACAGUGGUGAUGCAGUCAUUAUUAUGGCAGUGGAAAAGGAGUCCAAUUCAUAGUCUAAAACUUUAAAUGUAUUCUUAAGGGUCAGAUUUUAAUGAAUAUUUUACCCACAAUAACUGCCUAUUUUGUUAUAAUAAAAAAUAUAUAUAUAUAUAAAUAUAUAUAAAACUUUCUUUAACUAAACUCUGUAACUAUGGGAAUUAUUUUCUUUACAUAGUUGCACACACACGAACAUAUAUAUAUUUAAAAUAUAUUUUUUCUUUUGCCACUUUCUCUUAACUUUUUGUUUGGUUUAUAAAUUAAAUAUUAAUUGAUUAGACUUUAUCUUCCUUAAUCAUGUGAACUGAAAACGGGAUAUGAUGGUUAUGGAAAGAAACCUUUAGGGAAAUUUAGAUUAUAAGUAAAAGUAUGAGCAUGUUCUCCUCUUUUCUACAAAAGUUUUCAAAUGGUUCCUGGUUGGUUUGUUUUUUUGUUUUGUUUUUUAGUUUUUUUGUUACUGUUGUUCUUGUCAUUGAGUUUGAAUUUGGUCCUCUGCCUCUCCUUCCAGUUCUCCUCCUUUCAUUAAUACACAAACAGGCAGAAGCCUCAUGUGUGUGUGUUUCCCUUCAGACUGCACACUUUUCAUUUCUCAUGGCUGCUCUGCACUAGACUUACGCAGAUCUUCAUGGUGAUCAAUUUCAAGAAAUUUUAGUGAAAGAUAGAUAGGAUUUCAGAAAUCAGUUUCUCUGGUGUUUUAUAUUAAUAAUAUUGUUUAGCUUCCCAUUGCUUUUUUGGAGUUGUUUAUUAAAUAUGUAUUUUUGACAACCUCCUCAUUGCAGUUUCUUAAACAAAUGAGUACUGAUUUGUAAAGAAUUAUUAUUGACAUUAUCCAUUCCAUUUAUGAGAAAGAGGAGAACAGCUAAUAAACUUUAUUGUAAAAUC